AACAUAACCUAGGAAAGUUUGGGCAAAUGGGCAAAUAAGAAUAAUUCUGGUUGUAGUCUAAUUUUAUACUGAUCUAUUUAUUUAAGCUUAAACAUGUUAAACUUUACAAAUUUUCAAUGGCCAGGAAUAUUUUAAACUCUUCACUUAUACAUUUUAUAUAACGUUGUUAUGUAAGUUUAAACUAAAAGGUUAAGGACGAGGAAAUGGACGAACUUUUAUUUCGAAGUUCACAGAGGAUAGAAUCUAUCCAGAUACAAAGUAGGGUUUUAGCAACGAGCACUAUAGAGGCUUUGGAAGAGUACAUAAAUCAAGGUAGAAUAGUUUUAGUGAAUGCAUUUAAUAGUCCACACUUACUACAUUUAAGGGCCCACGUCAAGGAAGGAACACUGAGAGUUAUAUCAAUUACUAAUGAGUUUAAAGAAAACAUUGUAUCUUUUGUAAAUCCGAAACAAAUGUAUUUAGCCCUUCUUAAUGUAUUUGGAAAAAAAUGGUCAAAAAGAGACCUAUGUUUUGCCUGUGGAGGAUUAGUAGUAGGAGGUCUUGUAGGUUUUACAAUUGGUAUCGCAUAUCAUAAAAGGGAACCAAUCUUAAGAUACAUGCAAGCCAUACAUUGUACAAAUUAUAUGGGUCCAGAGUCUGUCACUGUUGCAGAAGAUGCUUUCGCCCCAUUUGAGUGUACGGACAACUGUGUUUUGGUGAAUGUCAAAGCAGCGUCUAUUCAGUUAAUUGAUGUUCAGAUCUGCCAUGGAUACGGAAGAACAUUGAGAUGGAUUUUACAAAAAAUGUAUUCACAGUCAAGUAAAGAUUUACCUAUCAUCUUAGGUAGAGAUUGCACUGGUAUUGUGACAGACAUAGGCUCAAAGGUGACCAAGUUAGAAGUAGGCGAUGAAGUGUGGCUAACAGUUCCUUUCUGGGCACAAGGUACUUUGUGCCAAUCAAUAUUAAUCCAAGAAAAUAGAAUAGGAAGAAAACCAAAGAAUGUUGGAUUCGAAGGAGCAUGUAGUCUUCCUUAUGCGGGUAGUUUAGCAUUAUCGGCUUUAGUGGAAGCUAGAUUAGAUGCCAUGAAUGCUGAAGGAAAACGAAUUCUAGUAGAAGGAGGAUGUACACCUGUGGGAUGUGUUCUCAUUCAACUUCUUUCUCAAUGGAAAGCGUCAGUAACAGCAACCUGCUACAGGAGAGCACUGCCAGUAGUUAGAGCAUUAGGAGCUGCAGACAUAAUCGUCAUUUGUGAAGUAUUAACACCUUCUGACAAAUUUGUACCUGAUAAUAAUCGACAAGAACAAAAUAAAGCUUUUUUAGAACAGUUAGAAAGCAGAAAUGAAACUUUUGAUGUAAUCUUCAGAACGGGAAUUGAAUGCGAGUGUUCUAAAGAAGAACUGAGUAUUUAUCUUAAGACUGAUGGUGCCUUUAUAUCAACGCUGCCACCUGUAAUUGAUUCUGACAGUUAUGGAGUUUUUCGUAGAUUUUUACUCUGUCUAUAUAUAAAUAUGAGAUACAAAUUACAGAAUCUUCUUGGCCUACCAAUCAAUACAUAUGAUGAGACUCACUUGUGUAGCGUAACAUUAGACAGACUCUCUGAAUUAGUAGAAGACGGAUACGUACAAACAGUAGUAGAUAAAAUCUACCAACCUCAAGACAUUGAAGUAGCUGUAAAUCACAUCCAGAGCCCUCAUUCGAUAGGAAGUACAAUAAUAACGUUUCGAUAAGACUCAUAGUCAAACAACAUUAAAAGUUAUGUUUCGAUAGGUACUAGACGUGACUAGUUUUUUGAAUAACUUUUGAAUAUCAUAUUAUGUGUGUUUCGGUUUUCUAGCGUCUUAGACCCAUUAGUAGAAAUCAAAGAAUAACUGUUAUCGGACAAGAAGGAUUUAUUUCCCGUAGUACCACUCAUCCAUCCAUCAUCCGAUCAAAUUCACUCUUAAAUUUCAUUUUAAAAAAGCAGAUCCACUUUUGAUUUUAGUCAUAUGACCGACGGAUAAAUAUUUCUGGCUGGCUGGCUGGAGUGUGGUCUAUAGACCAGGCGGGUCUGUUUUUAGAUGGAUGUGAGAGGUGGCAUUCGGAUUUUUGCAGAUAAUGUUAGGUGACAACUUUAGUUAUAAUUGACUUAUGCUCCUUCUCAAAUAUGCCCGGAACAUUAAUAAAAAAAAUUUUUAAUAAUUAAAAAUCUCCAAAAAUAUCGAUUUUUUUCUACUUUCAUUGCUCUUAACUUUAAAACGAUUCAUUUUGGAACAAAGUCGUAGGAAAAGAAAAUAAAGAUAACUGAAUUUUGUAUAAUAUGCAACUGGUUUAAAAUGUCUUAAAAUAUUACCCUUUCUGCAAAAUAGCAAUAAAUUGAAAAUAAGGGGGCAAGAAGACUGUUUUUAUUCAAUAUUUUUCAUCACUUUGGUUGCACAUAGAACCUUCAUAAUUCGCUUAGAAAAUUCUUAUAAUAUACUUAAAUCUUCCACCAAAUUUCAUUAAAAUCGACCUAAUAGAUUUUGCAUAAUAAUUUUGCAAUCUAAAUUUUUUUAAAAAAGUUUAAAUAUUUUAAAACUUUCUGAACAAAAAGUAUACCAUCUAGAAGUUUGCUAAUUUUUUUUUACAUAUAAAGAGGUUCUCUACCUAUCUAAUACACUUUACAGAAUUAAAAUCGGAUCAUUUAAGUGGCAUCAGCACUGUUUUAAAGUUAUAAACAAUGUUUUGGGUUAUAAACAAAUACAGUGAGGACGUUUGAGUUUGGGAGACUUGGGAGAUAAAUCCCGAAAUAAAUCGAUUUUUAUUUUUAAAUUAUAAUUUUUUGGCAUAAAUAUCAUCAUAGUGAUGUCAUCCAUCUGGGUGUGAUGACGAAAUCUAAAUAUUGGAAUUAAUUUAAUUCAAUUUUUUUUUAAUUCAAACCCUGCAUAAAUAAUUAUGUUAAUUUAGUGAAUCCAAAAUUGAAUAGCCUUUCGAUUGAGCUAUCACACGGCACCUAUUCUCAUUUAAAAAUCUCAUCACUCACCUCAUCACGCCCAGAUGGAUGACGUCACUAGUAUGAUAUAUAUACCAAGAAAUUAGAAUUUGGUUAAAAAUAAAAAUCGACAGAGACGCCUAUUCUAGAGAAAAUGAAUUUAUGCCAACUCAAACGUUAUCACUGUAUUUGUUUAUAAGUCAAAAAAUUGUUUAUAACUUUAAAACAGUGCUGAGGCCGCCUAAAUAAUCCGAUUUUAAUUAUGUAAAGUGUAUUAGAUAAGUAGAGAAUCUCUUUAUAUGUAAAAAAAAUUAGCAAACUUUUAAAUGGUCUACUUUUUUUCAGAAAGUUUUUAAAAAAUUUGAACUUUUUUAAAAACAUUUAGAUUGCAAAAUUAUUCUGCAAAAUCUAUCAGGUCGAUUUUAAUUAAAUUUGGUGAACGAUUUAAGUAUGUUGUAAGAAUUUUCAAAGCGAAUUACGAAAGUUCUAAGUGCAACCAAAGUGGUUGAAAAACAUUAAAUAAAAACAGGCUUAUUUUGCCCUCUUAUUUUGUAUUUAUUGAUAUUUUGCAGAAAGGGUAAUAAUUAAAGACAUUUUUAAUCAGUCGUUUAUCAUACAAAAUUCAAUUAUCUUUAUUUUAUCUCUGUACGACUUUGUUCCAAAAUGAAUCGUUUUAAAGUUAUAAUCAAAGAAAAUAAAAAAAAAUCGAUGUUUUUCGAAAUUUUCAAAUAUUUUAAUUUUUUUAUUAAUGUUCCGGGCAUAUUUGAGAAGGAGCAUAAAUCAAUUAUUAUUGUUAAAGUUGUCAGCUAACUGUAUCUGCAAAAAUCCGAAUGCCACCUCGCACAUCCAAAAAUAGACGUAUUUUCACAGAUCCGCCCUGGUCUAUAGUAAAUCAAGAACUCGUGUAAUAGAGACCUACUCACUCUGAAGUUAGUCGACUAGCUCGUUGAGCUAUCCAACUCUUGUUUUAAAUAUGCUGUUCCUAUUUUUAUUAUAUUUAUUCAUCGGAUACCAUCUUGCCAUGUUUCUGGUCUUCCCUCUAUUUUCUGCCAUUCUGACACUUAUGUCAAACAAAACCAGUGGUUGGUAGAUUGUCGUUAUGAUAAUCUAAUAUUCAUAGACUAUUGAGUGUCGUAAGCUCUCUUUAGAUCAAUAAAUGAUGUCUGUUGGUAUGUUUCGUGCUUUCCUUUUCUCGAUAACUUGUUAAGUGAAAAUGUGUUGUCUAUGCAUGAUCUUCGUGCACGAAAUCCAUUUUGCUCUUAAAUAUUUUCGUAUUCUAAUUCUACUCUGUUCUUUAAUACUCUGUUGUACAAGCUCUCCAUCGCACUGGUGACUAAUACCUUUAAAGAUUCUGUAUCAACAUCUGAUUGUUAAGUUAUUAAAACAGAAGAUGUUACAAAAAUAAAAUCGUACUCGUUAUAAAUGUGCAUUCUGACAUUUAGAUGAUUUUAUUUUUCCUUAAGGGCGUAGUGCAAAAUUUCGAGUCGAUGUGUCUUAAAUGCAUUCAUUUUUUUUUUCGAAUACUGAUAAAACUGAUAAGUAUUUUUGAAAAAUUUAAACGCAGAAUGAAAGAUUACAUUAUUACCGAGGGCCAAAGUCCGUUAGAAUAACCAAAAAAGUUUCUUUUGAAUGAGAUAUUUGAAAUUAAAAAUAACACUAAACUUUCUCUAUCUUUUUCAUCUCUAUAACUUAUUAAAAUAAACAUUAUAGAAGUUUUGAGGGACUUUCGGCCCUCGGUAAUAAUGCAAUCUUUCAUUAUGUGUUUAAAUUUUUCUAAAAUAGUUUUCUUAAGAUUCGACAAAAAUGAAUGUAUUUAAAACACAUUGGAGCGAAAUUUUGCGCCUACGUCUUAGGGACUUAAUAUACUAGGUCCUUUGGUGCUUUGCACAAGCGUCAUCAAUUUAUAUGAAUUAAAUUAAAACGUUAAGUCAAACGUAUGCCAUUGUUGUAAGGAUUAAAAAAUGGGUAAUAUCCCGUUAAAUAUUUUAAAUUUUUUUGUUGAAUAUAAUUUAUUGAAUUUUGAAAAGUUGUUAGAGAUUUACAAAGCCGAUUUUGAAAUUUUCAGUAAUAUAAGGUUUAUCCCAAAACGACGUCUAUAACAAAGUAAUAUUUAACGGGAAAUUAAAGGGGUAGUCACCCCAUAGUAGUAUGAUACUUCUGCUAACCUCCUCCCGCUAUCACGUAUUUUAUCCUGUGAUGGAGUUACUUUUUGAAUAUUUACAUUAUAUUAUUUGCUUUAAAUAUUUAUGUUUUUUUUUUUUGAAUAAUUUAUUAUUUACAUAUUUAUAGUAUAAGAAAUUUCAAUACUCGCAUACAUCAAAAAAAAUUCCACAUCGGUUACAUUGCUUUUUUAGAUUAUAUCCUAUUUCGUGGACACAUUUAAAAUCGACCCGUCUUUUAUUCGAAAUUGACAAUCCUUUUCCUUAUUUAAACAACCAAAUUUUGAGAAAAAUCAGACUAGAAAAUAAUCAAGAACUCAAAAACAGUCAAAAAAGCUGUGUUCUGUGUUUUACAUGAAGAUGAAGAAAAUAUCACUUCCAAUGAGUAUGUCUCUAUAAUUGCUCGCCAUAUAGAAUAUUAAUAAAACCACGGAUCUAUCUAAUGAAACAGUAAUAAUGUGGAGUGAAAACUAUAGUAAUUGUUGUAUAAAAAUUCUUCAAACGCUACUAGAUACAUGGGUAGGUACCUAAUGGCAAUGCAUAUGGGCUAAUCCGGUCCGUUCUCAGAUGUGACUUUCAUAUCUAUCAUGUAACAGUUACUGUCAAGAAAUUAUUGAAAAUAUUUUUUUCGUACAAAAAAUACAUUAAUUAAUAGUAUUGUUACUCUGCUUUGAAAUAACUUUAUUAAAACACCAAGAAUAUUACAUUACUUUAAAACUUUUACAACUUUAACAAAAUGGCAAGUAUAAGCGUCAAAUACAGCUGAUCUAUUAAUUGUCAAAUUUCUAUUUUAAUAUUCAUCCCUAUACAUUUUCUGACGUUCUAAACGCCACUACCCAAGUAGCACAAUAAAAACAUUUUAGUUUUAUUUAAGGUUUAUUUAUAAAGGUUUUAUUGUGGUAAAUAAGAAGAUAAUGGUUUUAAAGUUACCUUGUAGAUAUACUGCCAAAACUUUAAAACUAUUAAGCAUUUGUCACUAGUUUUAAAGUAUCUAAUAAGAGUAUCAAAUAAGACUAAUUAAUCUUAAUAGGUACUUUGUCUUAAUGUAGUUUUAAAAUGGUAUAUUCUCAGUAAACUAAUAGGUUUUAUGACGAACUUCCGGAUUGUUUGGUUUUAUUAGAUUCUAGUUUGUGACCUUUUAGUUUUAUUGCGGUUUUAAAGAUUUUCCUAAUAGGUAUGACUAAUAAAACCUGUUAUUAAAACUACUUGAUCUCAAGACUAUUAUGUCAGUAAAACAUAUGCCUUAAAACUAUUUUUUAGUUUUCUUUAGAGUUGCUUUCUUAAAAGCAAUUAGUAGGCUAUAUUAAAACCAAACGCUCUUAACUGAAUCAAUUUGGUUAUCGUAAAGACUAAACUAUGCUUAUUGUUAGAAACAAUAAAACUAAACUCAUCCCCUCUUCUUUCAUGUCCAAAAUGGUCGGUCAUUUGUUUUAGAGCGAAACAGUGGUGUAGUGUGUUGUAAAAAGUGGAAGUACAGAUAGUAUGGACGCAAUAAGUCGCAAGUACUUACAAUAUAAACGAACUGGUCAUUUUAAAAGAAAAAUACAACACACACAGCACUACGGCGCCUCGAUAUUAGGUUAGAUUCACAUUAAAACCAAGUGGCAUUAUUGACAGCAGCAUUAAAACUAAAGGGUUUUAAUUCCAAGGCAACCUUGCUUUUAUGUAGGAUAUAUUAUGUUCUUAGAAAAGUAUAAAAUAAAACCAUUUGAUCUUAGCAAUUCUCUGUCGAUAGACUAAAUAGUUUUAUUUGGAUUUCGGCCAUAUUACUUUCUUGAGAUGCUGAAAGCCAUGAUAGAUUACAAUAUAAGGCUUACAUAAAAAUUAUAAAUAAGCGACUUAAAGACAUAAAUUCGAUUUAUUUUAACAUUAAAACAUUAAAAUUGUAGAUAAAAUUAUUUUUCUUUCAAAUUAAUAUCUUUCGGAUUUAAAUUUUUUUAUUUAUUUUUAUUUUUUAAUCGCCAAAAGUCAGAAAUUUUGGGGCGCGUUAGUUAUUUAGACCUAUUUUUGUUAACAUUAUCAGUAAAGUUGGGUGCGCAAGUGUUUUUCUAUCUUGACAGUCCGAAAUAACCAAGUACUUUUUAUUAUUUUAUGGUUACAAAAAUGUAUCUACCUAUCAUAACACAUGUAAAAAUUUGUUAGCCUAUAUGGAAGUAUAUUGGUUUAAAGAAUCAUUUAAUAAGGUAAAUUGUCUUUUAAAAGUCUCCAUUUAAGAAACCUUUUUAAGUUUGCUAUAAAACUGCCUGCACUUAAAGUGUCUUGUAACGUGGUUUUAAAACCACCUUCACACCAGCUUUAAAACCAGUUGCUUAAGAAAACAAAGUUUUAAGAAGGUUUUUAUUUUUGGUUUUAUUGACCUCUUUCAGAGUGGGCCCUUUUAUGCUGAAAGCGGUUUUAUUGCAACCUUAAGGUUUACUUAAAAACCAAAUGGUUUUAAUUUUAGUUUUAUUCUACAGUUUUAAAGCAUCCUUAAAAGACUUAAUAAACCCGUUCUGCUACUUGGGUAGACAUGAAAAUAAACAUUGCAACAAGUGAAGGGCCCAGGGCUGUAAUUGCUCAAUGUUCCUAUGUGUCUAAUAGUAGGGUGGCGAUUACUGUAUAGUCACAAGCACAGAUAGGAAAAGAAAUCUUUGUACCUGACAAUUAGGUUGAAAUGGUGUAGAUUUUAAUAAAACCCCAUAAAGGCCUAAAUAUUUAUUUAUACGCACAACAGGCCGUUAAGACCUAGGGCCUAGGGCAUUUCCAUAAAACAUAAUCAUAAGAUUAACUAAUUAUUUUAACAGAACUGAUUUUUUGUGACUUGACGAAUCUGGUGAUGGUAGGUUCUCUGUACAAAGUCGUUAAUUCGUUGUUGGUUCUUCUCUUCCACCCGUCUUCCAUCCUCCGAAUAUGCGUCUCAAUAUUUUCAUUUUCUAUCUUUCCAGAGUAUCCUCUUUCUUCUUAUUUAAUGUCCAUGCCUCGCAGGCAUAUGUUACUGUGGGUCUAAUUACUGUUUUAUAUUAUAUUCGGAGUUUGCUUUGUCUAGAAACGUAUUUUGAGUUCAUUAGGCCUCUUAAACUACCUAAUGUUUUAUUCCCUGUUUCUAUUCUGGCAUCGAGCUCCCAUUUAUCUUUUGCAUUUUCAUGGAAUCCUACACCCAGGUAUUCACAAUUGUCCACCCUAUGUACCCCAACUAUAGCUUUUACCACUUACAGACCUCACACUAAAAUCUUUUUCUUCAUUUUUUCUGUGCUUCUUCAAUAAUUUGCUUCACAAAUAUUUUUAAUCUUUCACGGUUCUUGCUAGGAUAGUUAGAUGCUCAGUAAAUGCCAAGCACUGGUGCUCAUUUUUCGUGAUUGUUUCUUCCACUUUCAGCUGCAUUUUCUGAUUACAGUUUCUAACAUAAGGCCAUCGGUACAUAAUUCGAAAAUAUUUUACGGCUAUCCCUACUUUUUCUGUCUUUACACGGCAAAUUACAUGUAUUGUCCUUUUCAUGAUCAUUUUUCAGUGCGUAACAAAUGAUAAAAAAGGGUAAGUCCGUGAUAAUACACAUUUAUUCAAACAUGACAUUUUAGUUAAAUCUGACAGUUGUCACAUUUUAUUUUCAAUUUGGAAUAAAAACAAAUCAAAUGUGUUUCUUGCAUUUAUAAAAUGGUAUUUUCUUUGAUUUGUAUAGUCUUAUAAAUUAUACAGAUUAUAUUUGUAAUAUUAUUAUCUAAUUAAAAAAAAAUUAUUUUUUUAUUAUGGCGCCAUCUAUCGAUAACUAGAAUAACUAAAAUAAAUGUUAUAAAAAUGUCACCGACGAAAUGUAAUCACCGACGUGCCUUUUUUCUGUCACAUACAAUUUAAUGCGUUAGAAAGAAAUCGAAAAACUGUGACGCACUGAAAGAUGAUCAUGAGAAAUACUGUAGUAAAAUUCACACUGGUAUGGAUAUGUAAAUAUUACUAGAAUGUCAUUCUACUUGACAAUGUCAUCAUUGACUUUAAAGAGUUGGCUUUUGAAUGUUCUUGGAUAACUGUUAUUUGUAUAAUUGCAAAUUAUUAAGUCAGUUAAUAAAUGUGAUAAUUUUUUCACUAACUAUGUAUUCAGUGAUUGUAAUAAUUUAUGUGUACAACAAAAACUAAUACUCAAUCGAGAAAAGAGGAAAAGUGUUAAAUGAAUUUUUUAAUAAUAUAUUGUUACUAUGGAACGCUUACAAUUUUGAACAUCUUUAACAACAAAAUACUUGGAUCACAGAAUAUAUCCUGAUGUAUUCUCUGCUUGGAUCUUCCACAAAUAAUAAACAAUAAAUAACUUUUUAUUAAGUUCACGUCUUAAAUCAAUUAUUGAUCAAAUACACUAUCAAUAUUAUUUAAUCAAUAACUCAAAAUAUUCCCGAUGCCAUGUCAAAUAUUUAAAACUGUCACUGUCUAUAUUCUGUUUGACUCAGUACGUUGUAUGACAAAGAUAGCGAAUGUUUGAUUUGGAAAAUAUCACCACGGACAUGGUGUCCAUUUUUUUUCGAAUCCUGAAAAAACUAAUAAAUAUUUUUUAAAAAAUUAAAAACAAAAUGAAAGACUAAAUUAUUAUCGAGGGCCGAAAGUCUCAUAGAAUAUAUAAAAAGUUUCUUUUCAAUGAGAUAUUUGAAAUUAAAAAUCACACUACAUUUUCUCUUAGUUUUUCACCCCUGUAACUUAUUAAAAUAAACAUUAUAGAAGUUUUCAGGGACUUUCGGCCCUCUUUUCACCCCUGUAACUUAUUCAAAUAAACAUUAUAGAAGUUUUCAGGGACUUUCGGCCCUCGGUAAGAACUUAAUCUUUCAUUCUGCGUUUAAAUUUUUCAAAAAUACUUAUUAGUUUUCUCAGGAUUCGAAAAAAAUGAAUCCCCAUUUAAAUACCAUUGCAGCCGAAAAUACCUACCCAUCCCCUUAAAUAGAAUAAUGUAGUGGAUAAAGAAUCUCCCUAUCCCAAGCCUUUUGUAACCGUAAAUUGAUCUUAAAUGUGACCGUGCCAAGCAAUUUCACGGGUAGAGUUAGUGUCAUUUUUACUAAUCUGAUCAGUUUUAUCCACAAACACAACAUGCAGAGGAACUUUACCUACAUAAUAAGUUGUCUGUAUCUCCUUUAAGAUUUGGGCUAGCGUAGAUCUGUCCUUUCUAAAGUCGGCAUUAUACUCAUGUAAGAUUCUUUCCCUAUAGCAAUUUAGUCUUUCUCAAUAUUCUUGCCAAGAUUUUGUAUACACAAUUCACAAUAAAUACAUGGAAAAGACUGAGGGAGACCUAUAUCCAGCAGUGGAUAGAUCCGAGUUGAAUGAUGAUCUCUAUCCUAAAUAGUAGCAUCCAAUACAUUUUUAUUUCGAAUAUUUUAUUAAAUUGUGUCAUAAUAUAAUUAUUUUAUACCGAUAUAUAUAUAUAUAUAUAUAUAUAUAUAUAUAUGCAGCUCUUGAACAGACCGUUUGUAAUCUAAUAUGUACACUGAAAUUUUCGCAAACUAUGGAUUACGUCACUAACAACUAUUAUUGAUAUUGUGCUUCAAGUAGGUAUAAUAUUAAUCAUUUAAUUAAAAGAGUUUGCUUAAAUUUAAAAAAUUAAAAGAAAAUAUUUUAAGUAUAUUAGUCCAAUAUAUAGGGUGAGGCAGAUAACUGGCCUAUUAGAAAUAUUUUUAGAGAACUAAAGGCAACAGAAUCAUGAAAAUUGGAAUGAAGGGGUUUUGAAGGGUGAUCUAUUUAAUGAAAAUAUUUUCAUCAAUUUGCCACUUCCGGUUAUACCGGAAGUUGCUUAAACUUCGUUUUUUUAAAUGGGACACCCAGUGUAUUUUUACAUUUUUAGAUUCUACUCGAUGUCUUUUUUCUUAAAAUAUGCGGUUUUGUAAUGUUAUACAGAGUAGUCUAAAAGCUAAUUACGUUUUUUUUUAUUAAUUUCGUAGAAACUUUCACACCCUGUAGAAUUGUAGUAGUUGGAUAUCAAAAACUCUAUUUAUGUUAAAAUGAUUUUUAAUAUAGUAUACUAUUAUUAAAAAUUAUUAGUAUAACUAAAUGUUAAAUUUUAGUAUACAGGGUUGGUCGAAACUCGGAAUGAGGAUUUUCUGAAUUUUCUUAAAUGGAACAUCCUGUAUUUUAGUAUUGCAAUGAAAAGACAUUUUAUGGUACUUUUUUAUUUCUUAAGCAUUCCCUAUACCUAAAUGCUUUAAUUUUUGCUUAAUUGUUAAUCGCGCCAAGAAUGUUAACUACGUAGGUAUUUUGAUAGCUCAACCAUUAUUGGCAAUUUUAAAGAUCACUCUAGAUUAAUAUGUAUUUAUUUCCGAAAAAUUAUUUGUGAUUUAAUAUUUUCACGGCCAACCUAAUAAAAUUUCACGUAUUUUUUGUUGAAAUUAAUGUUUGGCUUGAAUCACCAAUAACUCACAAAUUAAAGCAGUUAGGUAUAGGGAAUGCUUAAGAAAUAAAAAAGUAGCAUAAAAUAUCAUUUCAUUGCAAUAAUAAAAUAUAGGGUUUUCCAUUUAAGAAAACUCAGAAAAUACUCUUUCCGAGUUUCGACCAACCCUGUAUAGUACAAUUCAACAUUUACCUAUACUAACAAUUUUUAACAAUAGUAGACUAUAUUAAAAAUCAUUUGAACAUAAAUAGAGUUUUUGAUGUCAAACUACUACAAUUCUACAGGGUGUGAAUGUUGCUAGGAAAUUAGGAAAAAAAACGUAAUUAUCUUUUAAACUACCCUGUAUAACAUUACAAAACCUCAUAUUUUAAGAAAGAAGACAUCCAGGAGAAUCCAAAAAUGUAAAAAUAUACAGGAUGUUCCAUUUAAAAAAAACGAAGUUAUAAGCCACUUUCGGUAUAACCGGAAGUAGCAAAUCGAUGAAAAUAUUUUCAUUAAAGAAAUCACUCUUCAAAACCCCUUCAUUCAAAUUUUCAUGAUUCUGUUUCCUUUAGUUCUCGAGAUAUUUCUAAUAGGACUUUUAUCUGCCUCACCCUGUAUAUUGUGUUCAAAAUACCUAAAAAAUAAAAACUUUAAUUAACAAUAAUUGUAGUUUAAAAGAUAUGGAUAUGUUUGGUGUGUUAAGUCAAUACUUUGGCCGUAUAGCUCAACAACAUUGCCAAUUUUAGUAACAACUUGAAUUAACUUUUUGUAAAUCUGAUAUUAUACUGUCUUCUAUUUUUAUGGUGCUAUAUUGUAGUUUACUGUACUUUUUUACCGAAAAUAAUUAUGUUGAUUAGUAGAUAAAACAA